AUGCGCAGCGGCGCGCGCCGGCGCGCAGAGGGUGUGCGUGCGCGGCGGGGGACGUCGGCGCGCAGAGGCUGCCAACAGAGUCCAGUAGUCUUCGCCGAUGGCGUCCCCGGGUGGCCCGUGGAGGCGCGGCCGCCCCCCGAGAGCAUGGCCGCCAGCAACCAGGCGGCGAUCCUCAAGCAGGCGCAGAUAGUCAUCGACGAUUUGACCGUCAAGCUGCCCAAGCCGCUGCAGGACAAGCUGGGCGAGCUUGAGAAGGCUUCGGGGCAGCCGAAGUCCGUCUUCAUCGGCGGCGCCGCGUGCUUGGUGGCGUUCAUCGUCUGGUACCUCACGCCUGCGGAGCUGAUCCUGCACGCCGUGGGCACCUUCUACCCGGGGUACGCCACCCUCAGCAUGCUCGCCACUCCAGGAAAGCCUGAGGACACGACGUUCUGGCUCACCUACUGGGUCACCUGGACCGUGAUCUGGCUGUUCAACUACGUCUUCGACUUCAUCCUGAGCAGGAUCCCUCUCAUGCUCUACUUCAACUGCGCCGUGCUCGUCUACCUCUACCUGCCAGAUCACGACCACCCCACCCUCCAGGGCUAUCUUUCCAGGAUUGCCCCCGCCAUGGCCAUCCCCAGCGCCGAGGCCCAGCCCGUUACCGAAACCGAUUCCGAGCUCGAGCUUGACCAGUUUGAGACCGUUGAUGCCGAGUUCGAGGACGCCGACGACCACCAGGACAUCGAUUUCGAGCCCGAGAGCACCGAUUUCGAGGUCUGGGGGCCCGCCGAUUGCCAGUGGGCCGACAUCCUCGGGGACCCCGGGAACGUGAUCGACGACGCGGCCAUCGAGCACGGCGAGGAGAUGAGCGACUUGGAGUGGAUCUACGAGUUCCCGGACGGCAAGGGGAUCCGGGUCUGCAACAGAGCAACGCGGAGAAAGCCCGGCAGCACCGAGCCCGAGAUGGCCGCCCCCCUCGACGCGCCCGAGGGCGCCAAACCAGAAGACCCCGCCCGCGGUGAUUUCGCUGAGGCACCUCUCGGGAUGCACCAGAAAGCCGGCGCUCCGGCCUGGCGGGCCGCGAGUCUCAAAGCAAGGUGCGAUUACCUCGCGGUGUCAUCGCAAGGUGCAGCCUACCCAGCCGCCCUGCAGUGCAAGGCCGACAGCCGACUGGAAUGGAUAGUGGUUAUGAGUCACCAUCCCAGCAAUGCCAUGAGCCACCAGCCGAGCAGCCUGAACCAGCUGAACAGCCUGAACCAGCUCAACAGCCUGCCGAACAUGAUGCACGUCCAGCUGAGCCGCCUGCUGAACAGCUCGAUGAACAGGGCGUUCAGCCGCCUGGUGAACAGCUUCCCGAGCAGCUGCCUGCUGGGCUCGCGCGUGAUGCGCAGUCUGCUGGCGCCCCCGCUACGGAACCAGACUUUGAUCGACGAGGAGCUGAAGAAGCUGGUGGCGUCGAAGGACGUUUGCACCACCGUGAACUUGGCGAAAGCGCAGCUCCUGGAGAACGACGAGACCUUGAAGGGCGAGGUUCUUGAGAACGCAGCUUUCCACGGCUUCCAAGUGACUGCCAAGUCCCCUGAUGGACGGAGGUUCGAACGCUUCAGGGAGGCCAACCCCGAGGGGGAGUGGGCGCAGAAGUGGGGCGCAGCACAGGGCAACAACGCUAAGAAGAAGGUUCGCGCCGACUGGCUGAAGGAGAAGUGGGCGGACUACAAGGAAACGAAGACGGAGGUGCAGAAAUGCAGUCUGACUUGGGAGGACAUCGGCGAGUACACGCACUUCGGUCGCAUCGUUGUGGAAGGGGGCAGCACCGAUGGGGCCGUUCGUCGAGCUCAACACUACUGCGAGAGCUGCACCAUGCUGGGGGAGCCAUGGCACACGUGGACGGAGAUGAAAAAUGAUGUGGAGCACUUCUACGUGCGGAAGCGUUUCAAGGACAUCACGACCAAGGCUUGGGAGAUCAAGAGGCAGGCCGAAUCCGCUGAAGGCCCGUCGAGCUCGGGCAGCGGCGAACCCGCGGCCAAACGGCCAAGGAUCGACGAGCCUGCUGCUACCCAGAAUGCUGCUGGUGAGGGGAAGGCCACCGAGACGAAGCACCCCAUUGAGGUCGCCGAUGAGCCGCCCGUCGCCGAGAAGACGCCGCCCGUCGCCGAGAAGACGCCGCCCAUGGAGCGCAAUAAACCUCCAGCUCAAACGCUUCCGAAGGAGACUGCUGGCAGCAAGGGGGGCGGCAAAGGGGGCGGCAAGGGGAGCGGCAAGGCCAGCGCUGGCAAGGGGGGCGGCAAGGCCAGCACUGGCAACGGGAGGAAGUCGAAGAAGGCCACGGCGGCGACCCCCGCCAGCUUGAUCAAGGGGGCUGUCGGUCUCAAGAAGCGCUUCAACGAGGCAGCUACAUCGUACAACAUGAUGAAGAGGAGGGUGGAUACCGAAGCCGACUGGUACUGGGUGGGCGAGAACGGAUCCGACUUGAUGACUCCGCUUUCGAAGUCGUUCCACAAGAUGACGGACGCCGGCAUGAGCGACGGCUUCUUCUCCGAUCUGCCGCGCAGCUCCGAGGCCGAGCUGAAGGCGAACUACGAGAAGCUCAAUUUGGCAAGCCACUGCAGCUCGACCAUCGAGCUGAUGGACCCUUUUGUGUCCAACGUCGAGAAGAAGUUGAUCAAGAUCAGGGACAUGCACAAGAUCAAAAUGGAUGGGGGCCGCAGCGACGAUAUGGAGGACUAA